GAAUUUUGCUGGUUCACCUACAAACCCUCAAAUUGCACCUGCUUAGCUUUUCAUCAUUUAGGUCUUCUGGGUGCCACUUUCAGGAGGGAGGGUAAGGUUGUGACAUGAGGGGGAUCAUCACUUCUUCCUGAGCUGACCUCUCAGACUCUGAUAAUGCCUCUCUGACACUCUGGAUUAUUGUAUUUCUAUUUAACUCACACAUCAGCUACUUCUGAGCAGCGGGCACACGCUUUGAAAUUACAACAAAGGAAGAUAUACGCAGAAAUUUCAAAUCAUCCAAGCGCCAACUGCAAGCUGUGUUAGUAACAUAAACAAAGACCCACAUACACACACUUCUCCAGGGACGAUGAUGUGCUCUCGCUUGCGCCCCUCACUCUCUCACCUCUUGUCGCUGAGGCUGCUGGGUACUGCAGCCCCCAGGACGGCGGCUGCCAGGCGGUCCGACCUUCUCUCAGCGACUCUGGCCUUUGAGGAUCCCAGUGCCUUCAGGGUGAAGAGUUUGGGUGAGCUGCUCCGUGCUCUGGGAAUCUUCCGCCUCUGCUCCUUCCCUGUGCUGGUUAACCACUGUGGGAAGCUAAUGUCUGUAGCACGCACCUUCCUGGGGAGGAGGGGGUUUUCCUUGCUGCUGCGGCCCACUGUAUAUGCUCAGUUUGUGGCCGGAGAGAAUGAGAGAGAGAUCUCUCAGUCCAUGGAGAAGAUGAGCUUGCUGGGGCUGAGGCCCAUGCUGGCGGUACCUAUCGAGGAGGAUCUUGGAGAAAGCACAGGAGAGAAGAGAUAUGAUGACAACAUGGAGGCCAUGCUGGAAUGUGUGCAAAUGUCCCACAGCAACGCCUGGAGCAGAGACCCCAUGAUGCAGCUGAAGAUCACAGCCUUGCUCAGCCCGGAGCUGUGUGUGAAACUCACAACCCUGAUCGCAAAACAACCAUAUGACCUGAAUCUCGUUGUGAGAGCCAUGGAUGGAGAGCCAAUCAGUUUCCCCGGUUUAGAUGAAAGUGAAGUCGCCCACUUCCUCUGUGGUCUGCAGAGACUCAACAAAAUAGCAGAGGCUAGUGUAAACAAAGUCCGAGUCCUGGUUGAUGCAGAGUACACCUACAUGAACCCCGCCCUCUCUCUUGUCACCAUGGCGAUGAUGAAGAAGUUUAACAAAGAUGGUGCCUGGAUUUGGAACACAUAUCAGUGUUACCUGAAGGAGUCCAGGUCCCUCCUGUUAGACGCUCUGUGUCUGUCCAAGAACGAGGGUUUCUGUCUGGGAGUCAAGCUGGUACGCGGAGCCUACAUGGACAAAGAGAGGAAGCUGGCAGAGAAAGAGGGUUGUCUGGACCCCAUCCACCAGUGCUGGGAGGACACCAAUGACAGUUAUAACGGCUCUCUGGAUGUGAUGCUGGAAGUCAUAUCCCAGAAACCCGAGCGCUACAGGAUCAUAGUCGCCACUCACAACGAGGAGUCAGUAAGACGAGCCGCCAAACGGAUGGAAGAGUUGGGGAUAGACAAAGAUGGAGGUGCAGUGUGUUUCGGCCAGCUGCUGGGCAUGUGUGAUCACGUUUCCCUCACUCUUGCUAAGGAGGGUUACGCUGUGUACAAGUCAGUACCAUACGGCUCAGUGGAGGACACGCUGCCCUACCUGGUGCGUCGGGCUCAGGAGAAUCGCACUGUGUUGCAGGGAAUCCGCAAAGAGAGGGACCUACUGAGGAAAGAGCUCCGUCGGAGACUCCGCCUGAGCAAGUAGGCCACCAGCACAGAGAGGAGACACACAUGAAGCUAGUGGUGUGAGAGUUGGUGUUAACACCCACACUAAUGUUGCCAAUUAGGAAACGUGUAGAAUAAAAAAGCCACAUGAGAACACUUGAACAAAAGGACAGUUUUAAACCCUUGUAUACUUACAUGUCUCUUGAUAUGUGAUUAUAAUACCCAAAAAACCCAUAUGAACGCUAUAGCUCUAAACAAUGGUUUGAUGUUUGAUGGACAAAUUGUAUAAAAAUGCAUUUCAAUACAUGUGAUAUUGCUGCUGUACACUGAAAACUGUCAAUGUCUCUUUUAUAGUAAUAAACUACACAGAUGUAUGGAA